CGAACUCUAAGCCCAGCCCACGAUGGAGCGCAUCUCAAUCACAAUCGUUGGGGCAAAACAAGAUAAGGCAACCAGUUCCCUCUCGUCUUCAUCUCCAUCUUCCCCCGCCAGGAGGAAGGUAUGGCGUCCUCUUCCACCUCCUGCUCCUCCCUCUUCCGGCCAGCUCAUCUCACUGGAUUGGGCCGGCGACCAUUUACUUCUUCCACCAUUGGCAAAUCCUAUGUUUCCCUGAACUCUAAUCCCAGCCGCAGGUUGUUGUUUUCAACACCUUCAAAACCCGGCCGCCAAAUCCAGUCGACAUGGUCGUCUACCCGACACUUGACACCGUCGGCGGCGAUACUCAACGCGGAGCACUCGCAACCCGACCCGACAUUUCCCGGUGCAGACCUCCAUCUGGGGACAUGGAUGGUGGCGGCCGAUAUAGACCCAGCCACGGCAAAAGUGGCGAUUGGCGUUUUGGGGCCGUUCCUUUCGGCAUUUGCGUUUCUCUUCAUUGUCAGGAUCGUCAUGUCCUGGUACCCGAAGCUCCCCGUCGGCAAGUUCCCUUACGUCGUUGCCUAUGCUCCCACGGAGCCCAUUCUGGCGGUGACCCGGAAAGUCAUCCCGCCACUCGCCGGAGUGGAUGUCACCCCGGUCGUUUGGUUUGGGCUCGUCAGCUUUCUCAACGAAAUACUCGUUGGUCCACAGGGGCUUCUGGUCCUCAUUUCGCAACAGGUUAACCGAUGAUAUGGUCGAAAUGUGGUUACAGGAGCAAAAGCAAACAGUUUUGGGUUCUGCUCAAGUUUGGUAGUAAAUGUUCAAGUCUUGAAGAUAUAUUUGUAAAACUCGAGUUUGGUGAAUGCUGGUGCAUUGGCGUAUAUGCAAAACCUAUUGCGAUUAUGAGAAAGUUCA